AAAGGCUGCACCUCCAGGACCGGGUACGGCACCUUCGUAGACUCGUAGCAUCUACUUUGGCAAACAAGGAGCGCAUGAUUGUAACGGACUACAUCAAGGAUGUAGUUUGUACCUUCUCCUAUGGAGGAGGAGAGCUUAACCAUAAGAUCUCGUUCUUGGUUAGCGACGACUUGCCAUUCGAUAUGCUGUUAGGCAUGUACUACCUCGAAAUUGCUAAGCCCGAGUUCGACUGGGAUAAGAAGGUGCUCAAACACAAGUUGCCCGAUGGCCGAACUGUCAGAUUGAUCAAGGCCAGUGGUAUUAUAGAUACCUAUGGCUGCUUGUGCGCAUCUGCGUUCUACACCUAUUACAAGCAAAACGAAGAGGAGGGUAUGUACCUUGUUUAUGUCUCUGAGAAGGGGGAGGCCGUUAAAACAACCCCAGAGAUAGAACGCGCCAUUGCUAAGUUCCCUGAUCUGUUCGAGGAGCCCACAGGAGUUGUUGAWAGGGAAGUCGUCCACGCUAUAGAAAUCAUUCCAGGGAGAUUGAGUGUUUCCAUGGAUUUCAUGGACACUCUUGUGACCAGCAAGAGUGGUAAGAGGCACAUUUUCGUCAUCAUUGACCGAUUCACCAAGUACGCUAGACUAAUACCAAUGCUAGAGACAGCCAGGACAGAACACGUCAUCAAGUUGUUCAAGGACAAUUGGGUAAGGGACUUUGGUUUACCAAAGACCAUCAUUAGUGACCGAGACGUCCGAUUUACAAGUGAGUUGUCGAAGAAGACUGCGGAACAGAUGGGCAGUUAACUUCAGACGACUUCAGGGAAUCAUCCCGAAGCCAACGGACAGGCCGAACAAAUGAAUACAGCACUUGCUG